AUGGCAGAAUACAAACAAAAGCUUUACGAAAUCCAAAGACGUCCUGAAAAUCGUACUUGCUUUGAUUGCCCUGCUCCCAACCCACAGUGGGCGAGUGUUAGUUAUGGUAUCUUCAUAUGCUUGGAUUGCUCAGGCGUACAUCGUUCAUUUGGUGUUCAUAUCAGUUUUGUUCGCUCUAUUAGCAUGGAUAAAUGGUUCGAUGAUCAACUAAAAAAGAUGGAUAUUGGUGGCAAUAAGAAUGCCAGAGAAUUUUUCGAAUCUCAGCCUGAUUACUCUCCCAACAUGGCACCUGCCCAAAAGUACAGUAGUAGAUUUGCUACACUCUAUAGAGACAAGCUGAGCGCAGAAGCUGAAGGUAGAACAUGGACACCUACAUUGGCAUCAACCACACCUAUUGCUGCUCCAACUCCUAAGAGAGCGACUGCAGCCACUCGAUCUCUGGGCGGACAACGUAGUGGCACUUCAUCUGGAAGAAACUCUCCCGCUUACGGCAGCAACACCAACAAUAACAGCAAUGCGGCUGGAUUAGUCACUGACAAGGAGAGAAAUGAGAAUUAUUUUGCGACAUUGGGUCAAGCCAACGAGACUAGAGAUGCUUCUUUACCUCCUAGUCAAGGUGGCAAAUUCACGGGUUUUGGCAAUCCAGCAUUUGAAAAUCAAUCCAACUCGAGAACCUCCACACCAGGUAUUGACGAUAUUAUAAACGAUCCUAUGCAGGCAUUAACAAAGGGAUGGUCGCUCUUGUCAAUGGGUAUGGAAGAAUUGGGUAAAGCCGCUGCUCAAGGCGCUCGUUAUGCAAACGACAACUACGUCAAGCCAGCUCAAUCACAAUGGAACGAUCCCAACUUUAGAAGCAAUGUCACUGGCUAUGUGCAAAACAUCAGUGAGAAGACACGAAGCCUUGUGAAUGAAUCAUUGAACGGUGGUCAGAGAAGCAGUAGCAGUGCUAGUCUGAGAAGCAAUUACAGUUCUUCCAGCCAUACCAACAAUGACAAUACCAACGAUGAUUUCUUCAAUUCCACCAUCUCCUCUUUGCAGCAACAAUCCGCCCCCGCUUCUCGUAGUGCUUCUCCUUCUCAAGCUCCUGCAAGAACGAGAACACCUCUUAGAGAAACAACUGCCAGAAAAGCAGCCACUACCAAGAAAGAUGACAACUCGGAUGAUGAAUGGACAAGUUGGUAA